UCAUAUCAUGGACCGGAGAAAUGCGCUUGUUCUCGCGCUAAUGUGCGUCAUUGUGGCUGCCGUCGGAGGUCAAGCUCCGGCUGCUUCACCCAAGCAAGCUCCACCGUCAACCGUCACUACUCCUGCUGCUUCACCCAAGCAAUCGAUUGUCACUACUCCUACUGCCUCACCUACCAAGGCCAUUGCUCCACCGACGAAAGCACCGGUUUCCACACCAGUACUUACGCCUCCGGAAAUGGCUCCUCUUGCAGCGCCACCGACAAUUUCUGUUCCUCCUCCUGCGAAGACGCCGGUGAGCUCACCACCUGCUCCAGUUCCGGUUAAUUCUCCAUCUCCGGUGGUUGAAUCUCCACCAGUUCCGGAACCUGUUGCUGCUCCUCCGGCUGACUCUGCUCCAACAGCUGCCGAAGUUCCUGCUCCUGCGCCUAGCAAGAAGAAGACCAAGGGUAAGAAGCAUAGCGCAUCGUCGCCGGCGCCUACACCGGAGAUGAUGGGACCUCCUGCUCCUCCUAGUGAAGCUCCUGGACCUAGCGACUCUCUCUCUCCCGGUCCGUCAGCCGCCAUUGCCGAUGAGAACGGAGCAGAGAGAUUAAAGGGCGUGCAGAUGGUGGUCGGAAGUUUGGUGUUGGGAUGGGCCGUUUUCAGCACCCUUUAGGUUUAGGGUGUAGGCUCCUUUUAUUUUUUCUUUCAUUUAUUUUAUUGCAUUUUUAUAAUUUAUAUUUUGUCGUUUAUUACUCCAUUUAUAUAUAGAAUUAAAUUCGAGGCUUCGUCUGAAUGCCAUUAUGUCUA